CAUUAUCUGUUACCUUUGUUUCUUCUCUACCCCUGGAGGGUAGAGUGGCUGAGCCUUUUGCAAGUCUUAAAAAGCAGUUUUAGGUUCCAGAACUCUUCUCUCUCUGCAAUUAUACCUAACAUAAUGUUUUCUCUGGGGUCUUGGUUCAUGGGGGAACUCGCUUCCUGUUCGGGAAAAGUGAUUUUAUGAUAAUGAAAUCGAUACCAGUAAUAGUUUUAUCACAGACAGGGCAAUCGUGGUGAGGGGUAGUCAUCUGUCUGCCUUAAACACACUGCAACGUACUGAAUCCUUGCCGUAUAAAAUGAUGAGAAUGCAUCAUAAUCGUCCACUUCCUUCGUCUGGAAGGCCUCAUGAUAAGAAUGGUUAUGAUAAUGGAGAUGUUGUUGGUGCUGCUGGACCUACUUUUCAUGACAGAAGUUACAGGGAGGAGGAGGAAGAAGGUGGUGGAGGUGGUCAUGGUGGGGUUUCAGCGGCAAAGACUCCGCAGCCUUUAAGCACUACCGCCUUCGAAUCCCCAGCAGGAAUGAUGGUGGCUUCUAUGAGUUUCCCUUUUACAUCAGCUCAGUGGCAGGAGCUGGAGCGACAGGCUUUGAUCUACAAGUACAUGGUAGCAUCUGCCCCUGUUCCUCCUGAUCUCCUCACGCCUAUUUGCAGGCAUUUCUCAGACACUGCUGCGGCUGCUCCCCACUCUACCUUUGCUCGGAGUUCUUGUUUCAAUCUACGAUUCUCGAGCGGCAUCGAUCCUGAGCCGGGAAGGUGCCGCCGAACGGAUGGGAAGAAAUGGCGGUGCUCGAGAGAUGCGGCGCCUGAUCAGAAAUACUGUGAGCGACACAUGCACAGAGGCCGCCCCCGUUCAAGAAAGCCUGUGGAAGUACAUCUACGAGCCGAUAUUAACAAUAUCGACGGCAACAACAAGCGCUUGGCUCCAAUAAAACCACCAGAGACGGCGUCCCCAUGCCUCUCCAACAUUUCGUCCAAUAAUACCACUAGCAAUCAUCAGCUAUCUGGGCUUCUCUGCCGCUCAGAUUUCAAGGCCUCCCCUUUCGAUAACAUGUUUCCUCUUGCAUCAUAUAAGGAACUCAGGGGUGUGGACUGGAUGAUGAAAGGGGAAACGGUUCCUAUUGCUUCCUCGAAUCAACAAUGGCCGCAACUAAUUUACCCGAAAGCAAAUGCCUCUGCUUUCCGACAGCCUUACGAAGGAGAGUCGAGUUUGAACUCUUUUUCGAAUUUUGGUGCUGGGGAACGAUCCGAAGCUCCCCAUCAGAACGAUCAGUGCUUCCACUUUCUGAACCCCGAAGUAACUUCCUUUGGUGAGCCUUCAAGUCUCGAGCAGCGGCGGACGCCCAGAGGGUUUAUAGACGCGUGGUCAAUCCCAGCAAGAUCAAAUACAGGGAGUAGGUCGUCAAUGUGUUUGGAUGGGGAGCUACCUCGGUCUGCACUUACAUUAUCGAUGCCCGGUGUCAACUUCUCCAACGAAGACAGUGAUCAGAUUCAAAUGGGUCUUGGGGUAAAUGCUUCCUCUUCGUGGAUACCUUCGCCACCUGGUGGACCGUUAGCUGAAGUGUUGCGACCUAGCGUCGCGCAAGGCUGCCGUGGCGGUGGCAGUGGCAAGAGCAGCUCAUGUGGAGGCGGGGGCCUCAAUUUCAUGUCCGUCGCAUGGGGUAAUAGCGUUGAUACCGCCUGCAGCCCAGGAACGACUGCAAAUUCAUCUCCAUCCGAAGUGCUGCAGCAGAACCUGGGUUCUGUCUCAGAUGGAAGCGGUAGCAGCAGCCCUGCCUUCUAGUAGCUGAACCAGGUUCAAUUACCAUCAUGCUUUAGCAUCGAGGGAACUUAAAUGUCUGGCUCUUUUUUUAAUCUCUUCUCAAUUCUUUUUCAGUUGGGACCUACAGUGGGGUUGUUCACCAUUUUUGAAUGGUUUUGUUUUUAUGGGUUAUUUUUCUUUUGCUUUCUUGUGCUAUACUGUCAUCCAUUAUUUGUGCAUCAAAAUUCUGAAAUGAAGAACUUUUACUCAGAAA